AUGGAUGAGCUCCAUGACGCCGCGAUUGCGUAUUACAACAACGGCUCAAUUGAACAACAAACUUUGGCGCGGCAGUUUUUCCGGGUAAUGGACAUUAACGGUAACGGUCGGGUCAGCCUUCAAGAGUUUACCAACUUCUUGUGUCGAACAGCCGGCUUAGCUUGGGUUCAUCCCGAGAUGUUCACUGAGCUAGACCGAAACGGAGACGGUCAGCUCGACUUUUGGGAGGUCUUGACGCUUUACUACGUGGCUCGGACCCGGACGGUUGGCUGCGACACGUGCCGUCGGCUUCUCAAUGGUUUAUACUUCACGUGUGUCACGUGCUUCGAUUCGCCAUGCGACGGCGACACAUUUGAUCUCUGCGUCAAUUAUAUCGAAUAA